AGUUGUGUUUCUCUUGAUUUGAUGCAGUUUCAGUGAUGGAUCUGAGGAUGAGGCACACUUUGCUCUGUGUGCUGGGUAUUUUCAUGCUGAAUACACACCUCUAUGGACAUGCCAAAGAGAUAAAAAGGCCUGUUGUAACCCUACAACCAAACUGGCCGAAGAUAUUCUCAGGAGAGAGGAUCACUCUCAGAUGUGAGAUUAAGAGUGAAGGAGACACUGAGUGGGAGUAUGAAUGGAGAACAACCAGCUCAAUAAAACCUCCAAAUGGAAUUGUAUUUGAAAUCUUGAAGGCUCACACAGUCCACAGCGGAGACUAUAGCUGUAAGGGCAAAAACAAAACCAAAAAUUCUUCAACAAAGUGGAGCAAUAACUUCAAAUUAACAGUGUGUAACUGUCAUUCCCAGCCUGUCCUCACUGUGUCUCCAUCCUGGCUGAGUCCUGGAGCCUCAGUAACUCUGAGCUGCAGAGUUAAAGAUCCAUCUGCAGGAUGGAGGUUCUUCUGGUUUAAGGCUGUUCCCAAACUAUCAGCCAACUACUACGACCAAGAGCUGCUACCUGGCAGCAGCAACGGGACUGAACAGGAUUCCUACAUCGUUCAUGGACAGACACACACAGCAGGAUAUAAGUGCAGAGCUGGAAGAGGAGAUCCAGUGUAUUACACUGAUGACAGUAUAGCAAAGUUUGUCUGGUCUGCAGAUCUUAAAUCAUCAGCGUCUCUCACAGUGAAUCCUGACAGAGUGCAACACUUCUCCUCUGAGCCUGUCUCCCUCAGUUGUGAGGGAAACUCAACAGAGUGGAGAGUGAUGAGGUUUACCGAAAAAGGCAGUCUAUUAAGCUGUAAUAACUGGGGGAAAAUGAUUGGAUCCACAUGCCAUAUGCACCAUUUAACGUACACUGAUGCAGUGUACUGGUGUGAGUCUGGGUCAGGAGAGUUCAGUAAUGCUGUCAACAUCACGGUACACUUGUCCAGGCCUGAAAGCCAUUCAUUUUUUAUGCCGGUGUUCAUUGGGAUCCUUACUGGAGUUUUACUGAUUAUUCUCCUGCUCUUGCUAUAUCGCAUCAUAAAAUCCAAGGAUCCAUGCGGUGACAGACCCACACAGUCUCAGAGCAUCGAUCAGGACAAUCGGGUCACCCAGGAUAAAACUCAAGAGCAAGUAUACUCCUCUCUUCUUGAAGGUGAUGUUUGUGUCUACGAAUCGAUCGGUGGUUGUGAAGACAGCGGCAGUGCUAAAAGACCUUUACAAGAGGAGUAAGCGUGAAGAUCCAGAGGAGAGCUCGGACUACAAUCCAUGUUUAACCACAGGUCCAUAAAGAGAAGUGCAUCAUCAACAAAACAAGUGAAGCUCUGAUGACAACAUCAAAAAAGACUAUUACAAGUGCUCUUUGGAUAUUUUAGUUCUUUCCUGGUACUUUUGUAGUUCAAUAGGAGAUUAUAUAAAAUAAUUACAUGAUGUGGAUUUAAUUUUUAACCAUCUGUUGGUCAUAGCACAAAUGGCCUACUCAGUCUGACUCCCAGAUCGUCAAAUACCAACGCUUUGUCACACCCUUCAGCAUCUCAUACAGAUGUACGAGGUGCUUUUUAUCGUCUGUAUUAGAUGCCUUUAAAAGCGUAGUUAAUGUUGUGAAUAUAUUUCCCAGUUUGGGUAGGUGUAGGCAAUAAUACUAGGUUAAGUUUAUGAAAAGAUUGCAGUUUGGGUUAAAAUAAGUACGUCAAGAGACAUGACGUAAGUGGCGGACGUGACGUGGCGCUAUGUAACUUAAAACUGUUAAUAAGUUAAGACUUGUGCUUUCACACAAACCCUGAGGCCUAUACUUCGAAGGGAGUUUGACCUACUCAGAUUUAACUUGGGGUUAUCAAGCAAAGUCAGGGUUGACAAACUGACUCCCGACACGCGUGUCAAACGGUAUCAAACGGUUGAGUCAGUGUUCACUCAAUUGGAGUUGGUUCGCAUUCGCAUAAAGGCAAGCAGGGUUUUUUCACAAUAGCGCAUGCUCCAUAUUUUCCCCAGAAGAAUGCCCAAUGAUAGUAUCAGGAGAUGAGGAGUGUAAAGAAACGUUAAUGGCCUAAUCUGACACCGUGGCAGCCAACAAAUCUAGGUUAGGCAUGUUGGCAGUGAAUUGAGUAAAUUUGGAAAUUAUCAGUGCUCUUGUUGAAAUUCUAUAUUUAGUAUUUUAUGGACUCUUCUUUUAUGUGAAAUAUGAUUAAGAAGUAAAGGUACAACUGCACAUAAGAUCCAUUGUAAUUUUAAAAAAUGGAGCCUGCUGAGAGGAGUUAAAAUCCGGGAAAAAAAACAAACUUAGAAUUUCUUAGAUUCAAGUGGUAAAUGUAAAAAAAUCAAACACAAAUCUACCAGUAAAAACAUGAAUAUUCUCACCAUUAUACAUUAUAGUCAUACAUUUGUGAGAGAAUCUCUCUGAAAAAGUGUUUUUUUGUCACAUCGCUUCACUUUGCAAUGCUGCAACAUCAUAAACACACCUCGUGUAUUAUGUAUGCUGUGGGAAAUUAUAGCCUAUUACAGUUCACAAUCAGAUUUAGCAUUGCGGAAAUAGACUACCUGUGACUUCAGCCCACAUCACCAUAUUAUCAUAUGCAUUGGGACUUUAGAGACUUUGCCAUGAAAUAACUUUAAUUUUAGGGAAUUUCUGAGUUUUAUUCUUGCAAAUUUACUAUUUUCACCUAGGAUUUUCUUUCUUGGAUUACUUUGGACACAUAAAAUUGUCAAUCUAAAUAGGUGAAAACAUUUAGGAUAGUUUCAUUAUUGUUAGCCUGUACUAAUGAUUAAGAUCUUCUCCCUAAACAAACAACUACAGACCCGUCGCCCUGACCUCUGUGGUUAUGAAGUCCUUUGAACGCCUUGUGUUGUUCCACAUAAAAUCCCUUACAGACCCACUCCUUUGACCCCCUGCAGUUCAACUACAGAGCCAACAGGUCUGUAGAUGAUGCAGCAAACAUGGCCCUUCACCGCGGAGAUGGUCGUGGAUUUCAGAAAGAGCACAGCCCCACCUUCCCCCAUCAUCCUGUGUGAGUCCCCAGUCAUCACUGUGGACUGCUUCCUGGGCACCAUCAUCUCCCAGGACCACAAGUGGAAGCUGAACAUCACCUCCAUCAUCAAAAAGGCCCAGCAGAGGAUGUACUUCCUGCAGCAGCUGAAGAAGUUCAG